AUGUUGCUUAAACGCAACAUAAGAGAUGACGAGAUGAAUCAACGCGUUGGAGGAGAUGACAAAGAUGAUUAUGAUAGAUCUCCUUCGACGAAGUUGGAGAAGACGAGAAGCGUCUACGGCAAGAGCUUUGUUCAUAUCAACAUUAGAGACACUAAUGGACUAGCAAAUGAGAACACGGAGCUAAGACUUAGGUUACAAUCACUGGAACAACAAGCUCAGCUUCGCAAUGCUUUAAACGAAGCACUGAGGAAAGAAGUGGAAAGGAUGAAGAUUGAAACAGGUGAAGUCUCUGGUGAUUCAGAUUCGUUUGACAUGGGACAGUACUCUCAUUCAACCUUCAUGGCGAUUCCACCGUAUCAUAGUGGUUCAGUCAACGGCCAGGAUAUGAGGUUCAAUCAAAACCAUCCAAUGGAGAAGUCGAAUUCUCAGAGCGUGUCGGAGUUUCUACAGAACGGGCGGUUGCAAGGGCUAGAGAUAAUUAGCAACAACAGCUCAAGGAUUGUCAAGUCUGAAGGACCUUCUCUUUCUGCUAGUGAGAGUAGCUCUGCGUAUUGA